AUGCUUCACAUUCUCGGCUUUGCUUUUUUCCUGGUUGCUACCGUUUCGACUGCGCCAUUGGCUCCGGUGGAAAAUCUGAUGGACUGCGGUUUCCCCAACGGCACUGACAAGCAAAUCCACUCCUACAUGUGUGCUCAAGGUUGGAAUUUAUAGGUUAAACUCUCGGAAAACGAUUUUUUUGCAGGAGAACAAUUCACAAUCACUGACAUUGAAACCUUAGACGUGAAGGGAAAUCCAUUGUACCCAAUCGACCCUCGUCAGCCUUUCAUCUUGAACCUCACCACCUACAAUCAUGGAGAGCAGGUUUGAACCCAUAAAUAUUGAAGGUCUUGACUGGCAAGUUUCAGAUCGACGACAACAAGGUCAAUGUCAAGAUCUUCCAAUACAAAAAUCAGUUCAACACCAACACCUGCACUUGGGUCGAAGUUCCCUCCUUCGGACUAUUGUAAGCUGAUUUUUCUCAAAUCCACUGUGAGAAUUGAUUUCAAGGAACGGAAUUGACGGUUGUCAGUUUGCUCACAACUGCCCUCUGACUUCUGGUCCGCUUUUCCUCGUGCUCCCGUUGGAUUUGUCUCAAUUCUCGGCUAUCAUCAAUCUCUUGGCAGCUUACGUAAGCCGAAUUUCCAUGCUUCAAUUCUUCAGAACAUUUUUCCAGAAGCCGUACGAGCUCCAGAUCCGUUUGUUCAACUACAACAAGGGCAACACGAAACACGAGGAAAUCGCUUGUGUCGUUGCUCAAGUUGAGCUCAGCUAA